GUAGAUGUAUCACUUCAGCUCAGUGUGGGGUGAAAGCCGCAGGACGAAGCACGUUAGUUUGGAGCUCUUUGUAGUAAAAAGUAUCUGCUUUGUGUAAGUUGCUUUCGCUCUCAAUACUUUGGAAACCAAUCUUCAGUUGAGGUUUAGGGCAUUUAAACUGCAACAUUUCUAGUCAUUGUGUGGUCAGAAUUGUUUUUUAUUGUAUCUUCGAGACGAAUUUCCUGCUUCUGAAGAAUAAUAGGUGAGGACCAUUUGAAAGGAAAAAUGUCGUCUACGUAUAGCAGGCUUCAUGACGGUUAUGUUUCAAACAAAGGGAGGUGGACUAGCUGUGUGACAUUGGCUAUGGUUUUGGGAUGCCUCACAGUCCUCGGGGUCCUGCUUGCCAUCACGGUGCUGAAAAGACCACCAGCCCCCAAAGACCACGAGACACUUCCUCAGGAAGCUGGGGGGAGCAAUUCCUCUACUGACCAGUGCAGCAUGGCGCUGGUGGAGAGCAUCCCUCAACAAGUGAAAUACAAAGCCAAUGCAACUUAUGGGAUCCCUCUGGAAGAUGUCUGGAAAGAUCUUAUCUCCAUGGCAAAGGUCCAAGUGGAAGUGGCCUCUUUCUACUGGACUUUAACUGGUGAAGACAUUAGCGUUAAGUCUCACUCCGACAUACCUGGAAGGAACAUCCUGAAAGAACUUGAAGAAUUGCCCUCCAGGAAUGUAUCUGUCCGAGUGGUGACCAGUGUUCCCACCGUUCCAACAAACUCCACAGAUUUAGAGAUCUUAAAACAGAAAGGAGUUCAGGUGAGGAAGGUGAACUUUGGACGCUUGACAAGUGGCGUCCUCCACAGCAAGUUCUGGAUAGUUGACAGAAAACAUGUGUUUAUUGGAAGCGCCAACAUGGACUGGAGGGCUCUCACACAGGUGAAGGAACUGGGAGUUGUUGUCUACAACUGCUCCAGUCUAGCAAAGGACCUUCAUAAGAUUUUCCAGUCCUACUGGAUAAUGGGGCAAUCCCACAGCUCCCUACCACAGCCCUGGCCUUCAAAUUAUGAUACGGCCAUCAACAAACAUCACCCCCUGGUGGUGAGAACCGAUAAUGUCUCCAGCAGGCUGUACCUCACAGGUUCUCCACCAUCAUUCUGUCCUCCAUCGAGGACUCAGGACCUAGAGGCUAUUGUCUCCAUCAUCUCAGAGGCCCAACACUAUGUCGAUGUAGCCGUCAUGGAGUACUUCCCCACCACACGCUUUGAAAAGCCUCAGAGGUCGCCCUCAAAAGAAACCAUUGGUUUUCCAUUGAACUAUUUGCCUCUUUGGCCUUAUUUCCUCACUUUAUUCUUGCACCUGAAUAGAUACUGGCCUUUCAUUGAUGACGCCAUCAGGACCGCUGCAUUCGAGAGAAAGGUGAAGAUGCGGAUGCUGAUCAGCUGUGGGCGGGACUCUGAUCCAGCCAUGCUGCCAUUCCUUAAGUCUCUUGCUUCAAUUGACAGCCCUCACCAGGAUAUCGACAUCCAAAUAAAACUGUACAUUGUGCCAGUGGGAAACCAGUCUGAUAUUCCAUAUAGCAGAGUCAACCACAAUAAAUACAUGGUGACUGAUAAAGCAGCAUACAUUGGUACCUCCAAUUGGUCAGGGGACUACUUUCUGACCACAGCUGGAGUGGGUCUGGUGAUUUCCCAGCAUGCUCCUCAUCCUGUAUGGAAGACCAAGGCCCUGCAGGGUCAGCUGAGGGCAGUCUUUGACAGAGACUGGUACUCUGAGUUUGCUGUGGAUCUUGCUGACCUGGGUCACCACCCAGAUUGUGCAUUAUCAAGAUGACAGAAACCUCUUUAUAAAAGUAUAAUUUAAGUAAUAUAAAUCAAAUUCUUUAAAAUCAGUGUGUGCUGAAAGUUUUAUGAAUGAAACCUUGAUCUCAAUGGAUUAAAGUAUAACAGAUGGAAUGUAAUCAUAUGUACUGCACCUAUACCUAGAUUUAUUGAGUUCUCAUUCAUGUGGUUGGUUUGUAAUGUUUAGCUGAUUUUUGAAUGUAUGGGUAAUGCAUUUACUGUGUAAUUAUUAAAUAUAUAUAUAUAUAUAUAUAUAUAUAUAUAUAUAUAUGUAUAUAUAUAUAGUUUCUUUUUUUAUGAACAACUUGUCCUUAUGCAGAAUUUAUAGGGAAAGCAAUUACAAGAUUCAUAACUGAUAUUCUAAAUAUUGUUUUCAAUUUUAAGAUUUAAGCCUUGCUGAUCGCUUGCUGAUAUUUAAAAUAGUUUGUCAUAUGUAAUAUCCCAAUUCAAAAGUGAACUCAAUCAAAUGUGUGAAUAACCCAAUUUUGAAGCUCUUGUAUUUGUUGUUUUUUACAACAAUGCUCUCUGUGACUUAUUGACUUUUACAAUUAUUUGUUUAACUUUUCUUAGCAAAAAUAUCUGAUCUGUGUAUAUAUACAUAUAUUUUUUUAACUCAACUAAACUGAAAUAAAAACAGAAAUUUCUUUCUA